AUGGUAAUACGAACCAGUACAAAUGAAGUGGACAAGAAUUUUUUCACACCUCGAGAUUAUCAGAUUGAAUUACUGGACAAAGCGUGUCGCAGUAAUGUGAUUGUACCGUUGGGUACGGGCUCUGGGAAAACUUUUAUAGCGGUUUUAUUGAUCAAAGAGAACACAUCAAAGCUGAUUGCUGGAAAGCGGGCAUUCUUUCUUGUUGAUAAA